CAGCUUCAACACCGAAUGCCACUCCUUCCAGCCAGUAUUCACGAUCAUCCAUCUGCUGUAAAAAAAUUCUCGAAUCACUUUAUCACAUCACGCCACGUGUCCAAUCUCACCGAGGAGGUUCCACACAGAAGCGCAAACAGAAAGAGAAAUAAAAUGCGAGAAAAGAGAGAGUGCGGGAAAGAGAGAGAGAACCAAGAAGAAUCAGAUAUGGGUAGUUCAGCCGACGGAGAGGAUUUCUCAGUGGUCGUUCUGGCGUCCGAUCUGGGCGUAGACGCGCGGCCGUUCUUGGCGAACCAAGACAGAGAGAUUGAAGAGCAAGAGAAUUGGUACGACUGCCCUCAGAACCUUAUCUCCGACGAGGACUUCUCUGAUCUCGAGCUUUUGCAGUUCUUUAGUGUCGAGGGCCAGGACAAGUCUGGAAAUCGUAUUUUCCGCAUCGUCGGAAAAUAUUUUCCCGCUCCAGUUGUUAGUGCAGACCGGCUGAAGAGGUAUAUAUUCCACAAAUUAUGCAGUGAGGUCCCAGAAGGGCCAUACUCCGUUGUUUACAUGCAUAGUACUGUGCAAAAGGAAGAUAACUCCCCUGGCAUAACUAUCUUGCGGUGGCUUUAUGAAGACCUUCCAUCAUACUUGAAGGACAGGCUUCAAGUUGUGUACUUCGUUCACCCUGGGCUCCGAUCAAGACUUGUCUUUGCCACUCUUGGCCGAUUUUUCUUAACUGGAGGCCUAUAUUGGAAAAUCAAGUAUGUAAGCCGGCUGCAGUACCUAUGGGAUGAUAUAAAGAAAGGAGAGGUUGAGAUUCCUGAAUUUGUCAAAAAUCAUGACGAUGUUCUUGAGCAUAGACCACUAACAGAUUAUGGCAUUGAACCGGACCCUCUUCACAUGCUUGAGGCUCCAUCAACAGCCUACUCAUUUGGAAGGUAUGAGGAGAGAUGGACGUCAAGAGAGUAUACAUCGUAAUUUGGUACUUUGUAAACUGCCCUUGCCUAGUAAUUUGGGUUUAGGCAUCAAUAAGCUUGGUUUGGGAAGUAGCUAUCAUAUAUAUGCAUAUGCUUUGUACAGAAGAAUAGUCUGAUGUUGUGUUGAGUUAACUUAUAUUUGCUUGUUGCUUCUAGGCCUUGUUUCGUGUUUUCC